AUGAGUCAGGAUCGAAGGAUAAGCUCGAGGGCGACGAAAGGGAGAAAACCGAGCAGGUACAGGUCGUUAGAAGAUGCCAGUGUUCAGGUCAGUCCAGAGCAGAGCGUAGCCAUACGAGAGAGGAAACGCGCUGAGGCUGAGCUGAAAGCAGCUAGAGCGAUCGCAGAGUUACAGUUGGAAGUGACUAGGAAACAACUUCAGCUGGAGCAGGCCCAGGCAGAUGAGGAGCUUGCUCUCCGAGCCCCAGGACGCUCACCGGUACCGGUACCCAGUGGCGCUGUUGGCAGUGUUGUAUCAGAAAGCGAGGUACUUAGUAGAACGAGAAGAAGUGCUCCAAGUCCACAACGACGACGUGAUUGUAUGUCAGACAGUGGUUUGCCUGGACAGUGGGAGCUGAGUAGAGCUCGCGGUAGUUUGUUGCAGAAACAGCUCACUAUCCCAGAGAGGGGGUUGAGUAGCAGCAGCAGUGCAGAGCCAGCUUCUACUACUAGUUCUAGUUCUUCCAGUGCAGUGGUUCUGAAAGUGACACAGCUACAGGCAAUCUUGGUGACAGGUACUAGGUCUGACCACCAAAGCUUGUCGUUUCAUGGAGGUCCUUCCCCUGGUGCACUGUAUGCUGCACAGUCAAGUACACCUGCACGCUUGAGCGCACUAGUGAGUGCACCAGUGUCUGUGGGUCAGAGUUUACCAGCACCAGUGAGUGCACAGGCAGCAGCACCAGUGAGUACGAGUGCACAGGCAGCAGCACCAGUGAGUGCACCAGCACCAGUGAGUGCACAGGCAGCAGCACCAGUGAGUGCCCCAGCACAAGUGAGUGCCCCAGCACCAGUGAGUGCCCCAGCACCAGUGAGUGCCCCAGCACCAGUGAGUGCCCCAGCACCAGUGAGUGCCCCAGCACCAGUGAGUGCCCCAGCACCAGUGAGUGCCCCAGCACCAGUGAGUGCACAGGCAGCAGCACCAGUGAGUGCACAGGCAGCAGCACCAGUGAGUGCACAGGCAGCAGCACCAGUGAGUGCACAGGCAGCAGCACCAGUGAGUGCACAGGCAGCAGCACCAGUGAGUGCACCAGCACCAGUAAGUGCACCAGCACCAGUGAGUGCACCAGCACCAGUGAGUGCACCAGCACCAGUGAGUGCACCAGCACCAGUGAGUGCACCAGCACCAGUGAGUGCACCAGCACCAGCACCAGUGAGUGCACCAGCACCAGAGAGUGCACAGGCACCAGCAUUACCCAGGGGUACUACUACUAGUAGGAGCAGACUCACGGCUAAGACAACCAGGACUGCAUUGGCAGGGAUGCCUGCACCAGCACCAGUGAAUGUACCUGCUAUGUCCAUAUUGUCUGGGCAACCUCCUGCAGUGGCUAGUACGUCAGUGCCUGUAGAGCGAAGGUUCACUAAGCUGAAAAGCAAACAGCCAAUGGAGUCCCAGCCUCGAGUGACGCAGGCACCCACACUGGAUCCAGCAGCUCCUGCGUUUCGUCCCUACCAGGCGCCGCCCAGCCACACCUACCAGAGCCAGUAUGGUCACGCAUUUCCAGCUGCCAGCUUCUUCCACGUCAAGCCACUGGGGCUGCCGAAGUUUUCUGGAAUACCUGGAGACUACGACCGAUGGAGGCAGCACUUCAGGCAUGUAGUGGAAGAAGACGCACUCACUUCAAAGACCUACAAGCUGGUUCAGCUGAGUGAACGCUGAUGAGCACCCGAGCAGAGAUCCCCGCAAGCGUUGGCUAUACGUGCAACGGCUGGUAGCUGACGUGUGGAAGAGAUGGCUGGAAGAGUUCGUCCCGCUACUGAAUGUUCGACGCAAGUGGCAACAGAAGGGCAAGAAUGUUGCAGUGGGCGACAUUGUGCUGAGCCUGACGUCGGCAACUCCUCGGGGCACCUGGCCUAUGGGCAGAGUAUCAGCAGUGUUUCCUGGUCCUGACAAGUUAGUCCGUGUGGUCCACGUCACCGUAGGCGGCAAAGUCUACCGCCAAUCUAUUCACCACCUUGUCCCCUUGCUGGAUGCAGAUCAGUAAGACCGUGAUGUUAUAGCCAGAGAAACUGUGGUGUAAUUCAUGAUAACACGUUAGCAAUGUUCUUUGCUUUUGCUCAGUAUCUUAGCAUAGUAGUUGUACUCACUCGUUGGCGCAUUUUACCCGCCACUCCUGAGUGAAGGGGGAUAUGUGCUGGAAUACUCCAUCUCUGCAGUAGUGCAUUUGUACUUGCAUGAAUCUGUAGCCUUACACAGUGUGUAGUAUGUCACGCAUGACCGCAUGACUAAAUCCAGUGUGCAUUGAUACCCUUUGCCGCUGGCUCCAGUACGGUGGGUCAGUUUUCGCACUCCUUUGUUAUUCCCGCACCUGUCACUGCACUGCCCUUCCUCCAUGACCCGGAGCUGUUGCGAGCGCUCAUGUUUCCUUUGCGUCUCCUUCGGAGCGCUUUCCUGCUCUCCGUGUCUCUUUGCAUCGCUGCACUUUGGCUGGCGCUGUUUGCAAGCAGUUCUUUUAUAUUCACAGGUUCCGUGCUUUAUUCGGGAGUUGUAGAGUUAGACCUACGAGAGGUAGAGUGGGUUUAGAGUUUGCCCGCGCUGCUUGUAAUUGUUGUUUCGCAGCUCAGAGUUUGGCUUGCAUUUUCAGAGUUUCGUGGUUCACAGAUGUCCCUCGUUCUUCACAGUAUAUCAGUUUGUUCUCAACAGUGAGAUUCAGUACCAGAGUGUAACAGCAACUUUCCGCCCCAUAUGACGAUGGUCGGCAAUGUUUUGGAUCAGCUUGGUGAGCUGUAGAGCGGUCGAGUCACCACGACGAAACCCAGAUUGCGCGGGAUCCAGAGCAGGAGAAAUAUGAUUAUACAAUUGAUUGAAGAAGAGCCGUUCGCAAAGUUUGGAAAUACAGGACAGGAGGGAAAUUGGGCGAUAGUUACUAGCUUGAGAUUUGCUGCCUUUGC